AUGCUUUUCAGCAAGAUCCUCAGCCUCGCUGCUACCCUGGCUACUGCCUCGGCCCUCCCCGUCAACGCCGUCCCGCGCGGCAUCAGCGGUGGUGUUACCAUCAUCAACAAUCUGUCCCAGGACGUCUACCUCUGGUCCGUCUCGGCCACCUCGUCGCCCAUGGUGACCCUGCCCUCCGGCCAAGCCUACCAGGAGACCUGGCAGACCAACCCCAACGGCGGCGGCGUCUCCAUCAAGCUCGGCUGCACCCAGGACGGCUCCGACGUCUUGCAGUACGAGUACACCCAGGCCGGCAAUGUCCUCUUCUGGGACAUGUCCAGCAUCAACCUGAACGCGAACUCGCCGCUCAUCGCCGCGGGCUUCGGCGUCACCAUCGACGACAGCUCCUGCGACACCGUCACCUGCGCCCCCGGCGACGCCAACUGCUCCGAGUCCUACCAGUUCCCUGACGAUCACAACACCCGUGCCUGCUCGACCAGCGCUGCUUACACCCUGACCCUUGGUUAA